AUGGCGAGGCAAUUCAACAGUGUGCUUGCGGACUCAUGGCUCGGGUUGCUUAACUUCGACAGUACAACAAAUGCUAGAGGAAUCGGUAGCACCCUACCCACGACCUUAGACUCCAACCAAGGACAAGGACAGCCGUUGCGGGGUCAACCAGGCGACGAGCAAAGACAGGAUGCAAUCACCCGCCUCAUCAAGAUUGAGACCAUGCUCAAAUGGAUCUAUGACAACCAAAUCAAGUUACUCGAGAAAUACAUUGGUAUCGAACAAAGAAUAGAGACCAUGAGAAAGAGCCUCGAAGAACAGGGACGGUGUAUCAAGGACUCCCUCGGCCACAUUCUUGCAAAUAGCGGGACCAGUAUUGGCGAUAAUGACACAGACCCAAGCGAGGAUAAGGCAGACGGGUUCACGGGCGUGGCGGAUCUAAGCAAGGAACGCCCGGUAUGUUCCGUCUGUUCCGUCAAAGGCGCGGCACCUCGGAGCCAAGCCUACUGGCCCUGGGUAUCUGCAGGACCGGUGCCUGAGGGGGGCUUUGAUGAGGGUGGGGUGGCGACAUCGAUCCACUGGAAGCAAUGGACGGAGCGGUCAUUGACAAGUGAUGGUUGGGUCCCCAAGUGA